AUGACCACCCCUAAAAUGGAGGAGAAUAAUACGCUUGGUCGUCAGCUUUCUGCUGCUAAUGAAGAGGCUUGGUUGUCCUUAGGUCGUAUUGCUGAAAUGAUGGGCGACGAUGAGAAUACAAUGCUUGCUUAUGAGAAGGUGCUAUCACAUAACCGGUUGAAUGCUACGGCGUUAUUUGCUAUUGGAUGUUGUUAUGAGAAACUGGAAGACUAUACGAAAGCUGCCGACUGUUUUCGUGGUCUCGUGUCACUUAAUGAACAGAACUCGGAUGCUUGGGGUCACUUAGGCUAUUGCUGUUUGAUGAUGAACGACCUUACAAGCGCACAUACGGCCUAUCAGUACGCCAUGUAUAACAAUCCCAUGAGUCAGAAGGACCCUAAUAUGUGGUACGGUAUUGGUCAGUUAUAUGAACGUCUUGGUUCGCUUGAGCACGCGCAGGAAUCCUUUGAGGCUGUCCUCCGCUUUGAGCCUAACUUUAAUAUGGCUUUGGAAGUGAAGUUUCGUCUUGGAAUAAUUGCUAAACAACGUGGAGACUACGACGGUGCACUGGAGAGACUCAAGUCGGUGCUGCACGACGUACAGGCCAAUGUACAGACUACUGAGAUGGCCAGCGAUAUUUGGACACAGAUUGGACAUGUGUACGAGCUUAAAGACGAAAUCCAGCUCGCCAAGUCCAGCUACCUCAAGGUGGCGGAAGUGAAUCCCAAUAAUGCCAAGCCGCUGCAACAGCUUGGCUGGUUAUGCCUGAAGCACAGUGAGCAUUCGCCCGCUAUUGAUUACCUGAAGAAGGCUGUUGCCAUUGAUCCUCAAGACGGGAAGGGGUGGUAUCUUUUGGGACGAUGCUACAUGGCCGUCCAAGAGUUUGAGGAGGCCUAUGAUUCGUAUAAGCACGCCGUGACUACUGAUUCGCAGAACCCGAAUGUUUGGUGCUCACUCGGCGUCCUAUUUUACCAGCUGAAUCAGCAUCUGGAUGCGCUGGAUGCAUACUCACGUGCUAUCAAUAUUAACCCGAACAUUUGUGAGGUUUGGUAUAACGUUGGGACACUGUACGAUACUUGCAACCAAACCAGCGACGCUCGUGAUGCUUACCAAAAGGCCGCUGAGCUUGGAGCGGACGGGCAGUUUAUUCGCGAGCGGCUGGAUCUUCUGCGUGUCCGUGAAACUGGCCAGUCUACAAUUGGCAUGGCUGGCGCUAACUCAGCACCAGGUCCCUCGGAGCCGCCCACCACAUCCCCUAUGCCGACGUUUUCAUCGCGACCCACGGCGGAGUCGCAGUACCAGGCACAGCAGGAUGGAGGCCCUGCGCAAGGAGCACAGCCUAACGGUGCCCCGUCUGUAAGCCAAGGUGCGCCGAUGGCUCAUAUGUUGCGCGGAAGUGAGGCCACCAUGGGUAUGAGCAUGGGUAAUGCACCGACCUCAAAUUCAAUGAGUGUUAGCGGUUCGGAGACCAGCAGCAGCUUGGUUCGUGGAGUGCCUGUAGGAAGUGGAGGUAUGAACAUGAUGCGUGGAAUGGGGCGUAGUGCCCCGAUAAAUGGCAGUGGUAUGAUGCCACGCGGCGUUCUGGGCGGAAUGGUGCCUGGCAUGCAGCACACGCCACAGGCUCAGCAGAUGCAAUCGCAGCACCCUCAAGCCCAGGCGCACGCCCAAGCCCAGGCACAUGCUCAUGCCCAAGCUCAAGCCCAGGCGGCUCAAGCGCAGGCUCAUCACCACGCUCAAAUGCAAGCCCAGAUGCAGGCACAGCAGCAGCAACAUGUACAGGCUGUGCACAUGCAGCAGGACGGUCGUCGUGGAAUGCCGGGCCGGCCUAUAAAGGAGGAGAGCAAAGUUGGAGGAAUGCGUUACGCAAUGGAUGGCGGCGACCGUAAGUUGCAGGCACCACCGCAGCGUUUAGCUGGAUUAAACCCGAAGAAUUUGGGUGGUCCUGGUGGUGUUCCACAGGGUGGUCGUCGCGAUCGUUUUCCAAUUCCGAUGAGUGAUCCAAAACAACACCAGCACCCGUCGCUCCAGCCGCCCCCUGGUAGGCGGUGA